AUGGAAGAUGCUAGCACGCCGCCCCCAGAUCAGCGAUUUACCUGGAAAAUUGAAAAUUUUUCCAGCUUGUGUACUAACAAGCUCUACUCUAGUACAUUCUCUAUUGGAUCAAACAAAUGGCGGAUGCUUCUAUUCCCAAAGGGGAACAACACGAAUCAUUUGUCCAUGUAUCUAGAUGUUCCGGAUUCGGCAGUGUUACCAUAUGGGUGGAGUAGAUACGCCCAAUUCAGCUUAGCUGUGAUCGAUCAAAUUCAUAACCAUAAUUUUGUAAGGAAAGUAAAAGAACACGAGUUCAAUAGCGAAGGAAGUGAUUGGGGUUUUACUUCUUUCAUGCCUCUUAGUAAACUCCAUGAUCCCAGUGAAGGCUUUUUGGUGAAUGAUACUAUUAUAAUUGAAGCUGAUUUUUCUGGCCAGUCACAUGACUCAAAAAAGGAGACUGGUCAUGUUGAACUUAAAAACCAAGGAACUGAGCAAAGGAAUGAGGAGUCUCAAAAUCCAUCCCAGGACAAUAACUCAGGAAAUGUAGAAGCAGACAUUACUGGCAUUUCUGGAGGAGAAGUUAGCCUCCUGGAACCAGUUCGGCAAGAUGUGGCUCCUCCUGUUGGUAAGGAAGCAAAUCGAGUCAUCGGCUUAAGCGAGGUAACCCCAGUGGGUGACACUUUUGCAAUUAUUCGAGCUGGUGUUCAUGCUUCGACUGUCCAAGCCUCAAACAAUAUCAUAGGACACAAUAUUCUCUUCAAUGAUGCAUCGCUUGAUAGCGAAGUCCAAUUUUUGUCAUACAGGGUUUCUUCAGAGGCAUUCUUGGUACUUGAAAGGAUCCACAACCUUCACAAUGAUACUUUCACCAAAUUCUCCAUUAAGGGUUCCAAACUGCAAACAAUUCUACUUGAAUCGUUUGUCUCAUUCAUUGAAGCAAUGUCAACCAUUAAGGUCACUGACGUGAAUGAGGACGCACUGCACCGGGCUGCCAUUUCGAUUGAGGACUUUGAGCUAGUCGGUCUGAAUUUGUCCUGGCUGAAACAGAAGCUGGACGAAGCGAAGAGGGUAAACAAACACUCGGAGUCGGUUAACUUUGUUGAGUUCUACGAGAGCGCUUUGCAAGUAGCUCAAGCCAAGGUUCGUAAACUUGAAGGAGGGCUUGCGAAUGCUAAGGCAGAACUGGAGAUUAGGUCCAGGAACUUGCCCAAAUCACUAGGAGUAGAUGAUUAUGUACUUAUGGAUGUGGCAUAAAUAGCUUGUUUUGCUGCCUUUUCUUGGCAAAACCUACUUUCCUUUGACAAUAGUUGAUCUUUCUCUAA